CUGGACUGCACUGUCCUCGACCUUUUAAUGGCAGACAUCUCGUCAGUCCACACAUCUGAUAUGUAUAUAGAGAGAGAAAGCUUGCGGUAGAGGGAGAUAGACUCACAGAAUCGAUUACAGUCUGUACAUCAUAUGUAACCCAUUCCCCAUCCCUCUCCUCCUCCCCAAAAUCCUCUUUAUAAACUCCCAAAAAGCCUUCUUUUUCUCCCCCAAACCAAACCCAUAAUCCAUGGCUCUUCCCCCGCCCUUCUUCUUCCUCCUCAUAGCCACACUUCCAUCUCUCUUCCCCUUCAUAUCCGCCUUCUCUCCCCUCGGACCCUGCUCUGCUCCACCCGACCAUGGCUCCACUCUCCACAUUCUCCCAACCUUCAGCCCCUGCUCCCCUCCCUCCCCCUUCCACGACACCACCCUUCUCUCUCUCUCCAACCGUGACGUCUCCCGCUUCCUCUACCUAUCAGCCGCCGCCGCCCCCUCCCGCCGCCGCUCCUUCGUCCCCAUCGCUUCCGGCCGCAAUCUCCUCCAAUCCUCUACCUACGUCGCCCGCGCAUUCCUCGGCACUCCCCCUCAACCCCUCCUCGUCUCCCUCGACAUCAGCAGCGACGUCGCCUGGCUCCCCUGCUCCUCCUGCUCCGGCUGCCUUCCCUCCUCCGUCUUCUUCUCCCCCAACCGCUCCUCCUCCUUCCUCCCCCUCACCUGCAACUCCCCUCCCUGCUCCUUCCUCCCCAUCCCUUCCUGCCCCGCCAAAACUUGCACCUUUAACUUCACCUACGGCAGCUCCUCCAUCUCCACCACCCUCGCUCAAGACACCCUCUCCCUCGCCUCCGACUCCAUCUCCUCCUACACCUUCGCCUGCAUCGCCUCGACCUCCGGCGGCUCCCUUCCCCCUCAAGGCCUCCUCGGCCUCGGCCGCGGCCCUCUCUCCUUCAUCUCCCAAACCAAAAACCUCUACUUUUCCACUUUCUCCUACUGCCUCCCCGGUUUCCUCUCCCCAAACUUCGCCGGAACCCUCCGCCUCGGACUCUCCGGCCAACCCCAACGCAUCCACACCACUCCCCUGCUCUCCAACCCCCACCGCCCUUCCCUCUACUACGUCAAUUUAAAAUCAAUAAGAGUCGGCCGCAAACGCCUCUCAAUUCCACCAUCCGCUCUCGCCUUCAAUUCUUCCACCGGCGCCGGAACCAUCUUCGAUUCCGGCACAAUGUUCACUCGUCUAGUCUCCCCGGCCUACACCGCCCUGCGCGACGAGUUCCGGCUGCGCGUUAACUCCACCGUCUCCUCCCUCGGCGGGUUCGACACCUGCUACAACGGACCCGUAGUCUUUCCCACAAUCACAUUCGAGUUCGACGGAAUGAACAUGACUCUAUCAGAGGAAAACACCAUCAUUCACAGCAGCAGGGGAACUCUGUCUUGCCUGGCCAUGGCGUCGGCGCCGGACAACGUGAACUCUGUGCUGAAUGUGAUCGCGAGCAUGCAACAGCAGAAUCACAGAGUUCUCUUCGAUCUGCCGAAUCGGCGCGUCGGUGUUUCACGUGAGCCUUGUACGAGUUGAGGCGCCCGUGACUAGCCGUUGGAUCCAAGUUCAAAUUUUUAAAUAGUUAAUGCUCUGCUUUUGUUUGGUUAAUUUGGCUGGGAGUGUUGAUUGUCUCAUUUGGUGCUUCUGUCUGUGUCAGCUUUAUUUCUGCUUAGUUUUCGUGUCCUGUAAUCGACUAUUAUACUGUUUCUGAAAGCUAGUGCUGUUGAGCAAUAAUUGUUGGUAUUAUAAGAAGUUUUGCUUAAUUCUAAUAAAAUUUUAUUUUAAUUUA